UGAGCAGAGCCAUGAAUCCCGUGUCCUCUCAGCUACGCCGCGCUUUGUUAGCUGUAUUUUAAGCAUCAAGCAGAUCAAAAAAUAUAACUUGAAAGAUUAUAUUUAUCUUCCUCCAUCUGAGAACCCGUCGAGCUGCGCACGCUUUCUGCUAUCCGGGAACGAUUGAAUACUCGAAAUUCCUGAAGGUUAAAGGGUAUUCAAUCCACUCUAUUUGUUGACCGCUUUCAGAUCGGGAUACCAAAGCUGAAUCGGGUCUCUUGCGCUGGGGCUCCGGCGGCUCGUAAUCUCCUUGUUUUAAAAUGACACAUGUAUCCGAGAAAGAAGGCAGCUGUUCUAGUUCUAGUUUCAGUUCUCUGAACAGUGAUGAAAAUGAUAUGAGCAAUGAUAGAAUGAUUGCAGCUGUUCUUUCAGAGGAGUAUGCUAAUUUAGACAAUGCUGUUGCUCGGCGUCUUUCAAGUCUCCCUUCCAUUCCUCAUGUACCACGGACCAAUACAUUUAUUCCAAAUCUUAGUGAGGCCAGUCUAGAUCACCAGAGGCUUCUACAGAGGUUAACUGCUUACGGUUUAUUUGAAGUGAAGGUCUCUGGUGAUGGAAAUUGUCAGUUUCGUGCAAUCUCUGACCAACUGUAUGGUUCAUCAGAAUACCACAAACUUGUGCGGAAAGAAGUCGUGAAACAGCUGAAGGAGUUUCGUUCCAUAUAUGAAGGCUAUAUUCCCAUGAAGUACAAACAAUACCGUAAGAAAAUGGCGAAGUCUGGUGAAUGGGGAGACCAUGUUACCUUACAAGCAGCUGCUGAUAAGUUUGGGGCGAAAAUCUGUUUGCUUACAUCAUUCAGGGAUACAUGUUUUGUUGAAAUUGUUCCACACAACCAGACUCCCCAAAGAGAGUUAUGGCUAAGCUUUUGGUCUGAAGUACAUUACAAUUCACUCUAUGAACUCCAAGAUCUUAAAGUUAAUUACAAGCCAAAGAAGAGGCAUUGGCUAUUUUAACGGCGCCUCAGUAUUUGUUCUAGUUAUUGAGGGUACAUGACCUGUACAUAUUUCUCAUUUUAAUGGUCUGACUGUUUUUAUACUGUCAUUUUACAUUCUGAAACCUUGUAUAGUAUUUACAUCAAUUGAUAUUGAAUUAAGGAGAUAUUCUUUACAUUCUUUCA